AUGGCAAAUAAUCAUCAUCAUCCUCCUCAUCAUCAUCAAAAUAAUAAUUACCCUAAACAUCAUUAUCAUGCCCAUUCACGAUUUAAUGUUAAUACUCAACAAAAGCAUUUACCACUUUUCAGAAGGGAUUUUAUUAUAGUGGCUGAGUUUUGUGAACAGAAGGGUCCGACACCUCUUCUCGUCUUGCCAAAUGAUCGAGCCUUGGAACGUUUCAAUGUUCAAAAGUUUGUAACAAGAGUAUUGGCUGGUGAUCACACAAGGAAACACGACAAGUUGGGAGAUAAUUGUACUUGGAUUUGUCCAGAGGAUACUCAAGUCUACUUGACAGAUUCUGCUCAAGGAGCUUUUGCCUAUGUACAUCACAUUACACUUCAUGAUAUCAAUGCAAGAGGAUAUGUUAGACCAAUGGUCAUGUGCUAUGUGACCAAUGAUAAGGAUAAAAUAAUGCACCAUUUUGAAUACUUGCUAAAUACCUUUACACAAGUUUCACAAACACUCAAGUAUGGAAACAAUUGUAAAUUCUUGAGCGAUACUCAACAUCAAUUAUAUGGAAUUCAGAAAAUAGAAAUGAAAUUACAUCCCAACAGUGGAAAUGAACUGUCUUCACCAAGUAUUAGUUCCUCACAGGAAUUAUCAAAUGAAGAAAAAAUUGAAAAACGUUGGAGAGAAAUGUCAGAAGGUUUAUUCUCUCCCAACAAUGAGAAUGCACUUUCAAAGGAUACUUUCGAAUUGGUAAUGAAAGAAUUGAAGGAUUUGAGACGAAGAUUCAUGAUACACAUGAACAAGUCCUCAUCCAUACUGAAACCAAAAAAGAAGACUCAAAAAAACAAAAAGAAUUCCAAAUCAGGUCCAUUACAAAAUCAUACAUAUUUAUUUGAAGAAUCGAGGUCAAGAUCUGCGAGUAAUAGCUCACAAUCUACCUAUGGAGCUGGGUCCACAGAGGAAGAUAAUUCCGAUCAGGAAGUUUCUUCGCUAGGAGAUCCUAGUAGUGGUGACUACAAAGUAGUUCAAAUUGUACAUAAUAGCAGCAGUGGAAACAAAUUGGAGGAAAAUGAUUUCAAUGAAGAAUUGGAUGAAGAGUCUACCGAACUCAUCCUCAAUAAGAUUGCUGAUGAGGAAACUCUUGAUACGGGGUUAAUCGAUCAUAUUUACAUGUCGUUUAGUGCUGGAACUUCCUCAGUUUCAUCUCUACAUUUACAUCCAACAUUUGCAGUUAAUCCUAAGGCAAAUCUGAAUGCUGUACCAUAUAAGAGUUCGCAUUUUGUUGGAGGGUUUAGUGGUGCUAGUGUUGGUGCUCCAACAACAGCCUUCUUGUCCUCUCCUCAUCAAGGUUCACAUAUUCAAAACACAUCUCAUAUGGUGAAUGUACUGAAUGAUAUUAGUGAUUCUCCAUAUUUGAACAGCAUUUCCAGUCCAACAUUCAAUGCAAUGAAUUCUCUCAAGGUUCAAAAUCCUGACUUUGUGGAAUUGUAUGAGACUGGUCUUUCUGUGUCCUCUCAUAAUUUGAAACAAUUCAUGCCAACCAUUUUAAGAUGUAUCCACAGAAAUACUAAUUUUGAAACCACCCUGAGAACGUUAGCUCAAAUUGCUGGACAGAAAUUUUAUGAAACAUCGGUUGAUUUGAUGUUGAAUAUUAUCGAACAUUUCUAUAGAGAUUGUGAUGUUAUUGAUAUGGAAAAUGCCGACUUGGAUAUUAUCAAUUCGAAUGACCUUAACUCAAUGCUCUUCAUUGGAAGAAACUUUUUAUUGGACUUUAAUAUUGAAAAUGGUUAUCAUUACCCACCAACGUUAAGCAAUACCACAUUUACAAAGAGCUUCCAAUACCAAUCAGCUCUGAAUACUAGUGCUAGCAUCAACUCUUCCAAUGAUGAAGUUUCAUGGUUAGACAAUGAAAAUACAUACAAUGAUGCUGAAGAUGAGGCACUAUCAACCAUCUCUCAUGAUGAGCAAGACAAUCCACUAUUUGGAAGCUUCCCUUCCUCCUCUCCUGUGAUGGCAAACAACUCUAUCGAACAAAGCAACUCUCUUUCAACCAACAACAGUGACCGCUUUCAACUGUACAGAAAUGGAUUCAAGGGCACUGGUUCCUAUGUCAAUAGUCUAUUCCAAGAAUAUGACAAGUAUGAUGAAUUAUUCCACGAAUUGAAAAAGAGAAAACAUAAUUCCUCCAAUUAUACUGCAUCAAAUAAUAACCAAAAUCAAUCCCUUCUAACCUCUCUCCUGUUUGAAUAUAAUUAUGGUGAGCAUAGUUACGGAAAAGGAAUAUUAAGGUUUUUCAGAGAAUUUUCAUUCACAAAAGAUAUUGCCUACUCCAUCAUGAUUGGUCGACCUAUAGUAAUAUAUGCAGAUUCUAAUCAAGAACAAAUUGUAAGAAGUAUUGUCAACUCCCUAGCUUUAUUCAUACCAGGGUUUAUCAAUGGAACAUUUGAAAAUACAAAGAAUGACUACUUUUCUGUUUGUUAUUGGAAGACCACUCCAAUCAAUAUUCUUGAUUUUUCCACAAACAAGAUUAUUGGGCUGAGUAAGAAAGUUCAUUUCCCUACAACAUUCGAAUCUUGGGUGAGCAUUUUGGAUUUGGAAAAUGAACUCUAUACUGGACCAAGCUAUUAUGGAAGAUAUUUGGAUAUUAUCUUUGAUGAGUCAAAGGAGUGGUUUACUGAGGAUGCAUUCUUGGCCUUUACGCAUGCCAUCUUUUUAGAAAUGGGCAUGAAGGCAUCACUCUACAAUCAAUUGUAUUCCAUUGCAAAAACUAGAGGGCACUUUUACAAGAAAUCCCUCCACAAAAUCUCAACCACUGAUCAAGCACCAAAAGAUGGAGGAAGAUCAUCUCUAUUUGGACCAAUGUUCCCAUCCCUACCACCACAAAUGAUUCACAAACAUAAUUCUCAAUCCUCAAAGAAAUCCAAACAAAAGAAAGCCUCUCAGCAUUCACACAGCUACCCUAUUGGUUCAGGUGCUCUGGAAUCCAUGAAAGAUUGCAGUAAGACCAUCCAAAGACAAUUAGGACUCAAAUCUUGUGACUCUAAAAUAGUUGAUUAUUUGGUAGAUUUGAUUCACAUUCAGGAAUCUAUGGAAUUAAUGUUAAAUCCAGUCCUUCAAAACUCCAUUCGUGUUGACACUGAAGUUUCUCUCAAGCAUACCAAUAAAAGAAGAAAACAAACCAAGUGA